AUGGCAUCCUUUGGCUGUCACCCGCCCUUAUUCCCAAGGCCCCCUUCAGCGACGCUCAGCAAUACUGCGGCAUUCCGGCAGUACAAUAUCAAUCUAGGGUUACCGCCAGAUGGGUUUCCUAAGGGAGACGACAGAGAAAUGGCUGCUACGAAAGUGAUGCGGAACCGCAUUCGCAAGAUUCACGUCGUUUCGCCGCUUCUCAGGACCCUCAGCGACAGAGGUAUCUGGCAAAACUUAGGACUUGCUCGUACUAAGAGCAAGGCAGUACAGAUCGCGCUGUAUCAAAUGACCGCAUCGGCACAGCACGACCAAAGCAUCGCCUCAAACCCCAAAGGUGCCUCAGAGAAAGCCAACUUCACCCCAUCGCAACUUUUGGCGACCUUCAGGAAGACUUUGAUCGCUGACGAGCCGAUGUUGAACUUUGAUCUCAUUAGCUUUGCCGAAAGCUGCGGCUCGCUUCUGUCAACGCUGGCGGCAUCAUUGCACAGCAACUUCGGGAUUGGAAAUGAUCCUAGUGACUACUGGAACAAUACGGACAUGGUCUUGUCGCUCUUGCAGUGCCACGCAAACAGUCCGCUUAUUCAGUUCGCCGCGUCUGCUAUUAGGAACCAUCUAAGUCACUCUAGCGACAAGUUCUUGAAGCCAGCCAACGAGCAUUCAAGCGGCAAGAUCCCGGCACACCUUGGUCCCAGCAUCCCCCUCAAGCCACAUCACGGCAGCAAGGAGCGGGUCAAGAUGUCAUCCAUGCUUGACCGUUCAGGCGCCGGCUACGAGUUCUCCGGCAAGACAAUUGCUGCAUACCAUCCGGGCGUUGUCGCAGAGCAGCCGAAACCAGUCGACGGAUUCAGCGCUCCUCCGGCAGUGGGCACUGAGACGGAUCAAGAGGCUUUUCAGCACGGUGCAAGGCUCGUGUACUUUGGCGCUGCGCUGCCGGUGUGCAUUCUAAAGGCACAGAACCAGAAGGAGAAGGGUAUGCUGGGUCCAGAGCUGUGCUGA